GCGCCCUGUUCCCGCCUCUCCAGUUAAGGCCGCUGGUGUGAGCCCGGGCUCGGCGCGAGCGAGGGACGACGGAAGGGACGGGCAGGUGUGGACGCGGGGCCACGCAGCCCGACGGCGGGAGUCGCAGGUGCUGGGUGCAUGGGCCAGUGAGGACGCACGGAGAUCCCCUCGCCGCGCAGAGGAGCAGCAGCGCGGGAGCCAGGCGCUGCCCCACGACCCUGCGUCCGAGCGAGCGGAACCUCGCGCUUCGCCCGGGGACAGUCCGAAGUCCGCGCUAUGGAAGAGGAGAAAUAUUUGCCUGAGCUGAUGGCAGAGAAAGAUAGCCUGGAUCCAUCUUUUGUGCAUGCAUCGCGCCUUUUGGCAGAAGAAAUUGAAAAAUUUCAAGGUUCUGAUGGAAAAAAGGAAGACGAAGAAAAGAAGUAUCUUGAUGUCAUCAGCAACAAAAACAUAAAGCUCUCAGAAAGAGUACUGAUUCCUGUCAAGCAGUAUCCAAAGUUCAAUUUUGUGGGGAAAUUGCUUGGACCAAGAGGAAACUCCUUGAAGAGGCUACAGGAAGAAACAGGUGCUAAAAUGUCUAUCCUGGGCAAAGGAUCAAUGAGAGAUAAAGCCAAGGAAGAAGAACUAAGGAAGAGUGGGGAAGCCAAAUAUGCCCACUUGAGUGAUGAGCUUCAUGUAUUAAUUGAAGUGUUUGCUCCACCUGGGGAAGCUUAUUCACGUAUGAGUCAUGCAUUGGAAGAGAUUAAAAAAUUCCUGGUUCCUGACUACAAUGAUGAAAUUCGUCAGGAACAACUACGUGAAUUAUCUUACUUAAAUGGCUCAGAGGACUCUGGUCGUGGCCGAGGUAUUAGAGGCAGAGGGAUCAGAAUAGCUCCCACAGCUCCUUCAAGGGGCCGUGGGGGUGCCAUUCCUCCUCCCCCACCACCUGGACGAGGUGUUCUCACCCCUCGAGGAAGCACUGUAACCCGUGGAGCCCUUCCAGUGCCACCUGUAGCAAGAGGUGUCCCCACCCCUCGAGCCCGGGGGGCACCAACAGUGCCAGGAUACAGGGCGCCUCCUCCUCCAGCCCAUGAAGCUUAUGAAGAAUACGGUUAUGAUGAUGGCUACGGGGGUGAAUAUGAUGACCAGACCUAUGAAGCUUAUGAUAACAGCUAUGCGACCCAAACACAAAGUGUGCCUGAAUACUAUGACUACGGUCAUGGAGUAAGUGAGGAUGCCUAUGACAGCUACGCACCAGAAGAAUGGGCCACAACCCGCUCUAGCUUGAAGGCACCACCACCGAGGUCAGCAAGAGGGGGAUACAGGGAACACCCCUAUGGUAGAUAUUGAAGGUCCUUCCCACCUGUGACCUCACCUUAAAGACAAUUCAUAGCCUGUGGUCUCCACAUAAACAGCAACAAGACAAGUAAUAGUCCUUUUUUUUUGUUUGUUGUUUUCUAUUCUAGGGAUAACUGCUCAUGAUUACUCCCAUAUAUUUCUUGUAUUUCCCUCUAUACUGUUGGUGUGACAUUGACACUAGUAUUAUUUUACAAAACAGACUGAAAAAGACAUUGGCAAGCAUAGUCUAUAAACCUUUCAGUAGGAUGAUAUUCUCUUGGUUGUUUUUCAUUGUUGUGUGUAAUCUUUUUUUUUUUUUUUUUUUUUUUUUUUUUUUUUUUUGAGAAAAAGCAUGAACCUGUUAACAGAUUUUGAAUCUCAGCCAACUAGCAGAAACUUUGUUUAGGGUUGCUAAAAGACUGUAAUAUGAUUUUUGAACUAGCUGAUAAUAAAGUUGUAGAUAAGAUGUUUUAACCUGUCUUUUAAUAUCUGUUAGUUAGACAAAGAUGUUCGAUAUUAAGUUUGUAAAUUUAAUUUUAAAUGCUGUUUUAAUGGGGUUGAAAACAAGCAGCUACUGUAUGUAUGUAGCUAACUGAAUUUGUUCAGUGUUUUAACCUGUAUUUGUUAAAAAAAGAAAAAAAACACACACACAUAAAGUUCCAUGUGUAAGCUUCUCUAAAUAGGAAACCACAAUUUGUCAAAUAUGUUUGCCAUAAUUUGUCAAUAAAGCUGAAAACUUUUGUAAAAACUAAAUUUGGAAUUACUUGUUUUCUAGCUUUAAAUGCCUGCUUUAUUUCUUCUUCAAGAGAUGCCUAAACUGUUUUCUAUUUAAAAAUUACAAAAAUGAACCCAAGCCUGUUUUAAGAUAUUUGUGUAAUACUUAAAAAUGUAUUAAUAACUUAUGGUUGUUAAAUAAUUUAAAAGUUAACAAACUAAACUGUUACAUGAAUCAUGGUUAGUAAACACUAAUGUAUAACAUGUUAAUGGAAAAAAAUGGAUUUAGAAUAAUAAAUGGAUUUUAAACUAUCCUCUAAGCUUUAUCUUGCUAAACACAAAUUCUGAUUGACUUGUUUGCAUUAGCAUGUCUCUCGUGAGAAAGAGUAAUGGAGUAUAAAGAGGUAAGAUUACCACUUACCACUGUCUAAAUGCCUAGUUCUUCAACCUUUGAGUUUCCCCGCACAUUAAAUAUCCCAUCCAACAUGUAAGCAUUGCGUAGAUUCACUUUAUUGUUUUCACUCAAAGGAGUGCGUGGACUUCAUUUGCGUAGUUUAUAACAAUUUGUUUUGACAAACAAAUCAUCAGUGUCACUGGCCAGUUGUUGCUAUUCAACCUCAAAAACUUUAUUUGUAAUUUUCAGUGCUAAAUAUCACCGCCCUUGAAGGCAGUUUAGAGGGCUGAUAUUUCUUUUGAGACUAUCAGACUUGAUGGCUGAUGAUUAUUAAGGAAAUAUGUCGCAGGACUCAAAGGAUGACUAAACGUUAAACAGGUACCCACAAGGAAAGAACACAUAAUUGAAUAAUGGAUGUGAUUUGCUAAGAAGGAUGGAGGUGAAGAUGUAUGAUACAAAAAUGAAAAGCUGGAAUAAAUCCAAGACUGGCUGUUUGGAGGUUUCAUUUUUUAACAGCGGAGGUGAGUCCCUUCAUCCGUUUGUGAUUUCAUUUAUGAACUCUGCUUACAAGACAGGUAUAGAACACUUCAUUAUGGGCCCAAACAUAUAUGUUUAAAUGGAUAAAGCAGCUGUUACAUCAGAUGGAGGCAAAGUGGGGACAUUAAAUUAAUGUCAAACAAGGAGAAACUCUUUUAGUUUUAUUCUACAUUGUAGCAGCAUAGUGAUAAUGUGCUGAUUUUCAUAUGCACACAAUUUCUGUUAUGUCUUAUAUCACCAGAACAUGAGGUUAUGAAUUCCUGUAUUAUGAAGUAAAAAUAAAAGCAAUAAUAAACUAACAAGGAAAUAUAUUUUGUUCAGAGAAUGUGAUGAAUGUUCACACUGUUUUUCAUAAUAAGGAGGAUGGGGGACAAAAAGUUUCUGUGAAGAAAUGUCAUCCACCAUACAUGAUGGUUAUUGAGUCUUUGUCUAAAGUAUUACUGUAGUCAUCCUGCCAAGUUUCACCUUUUUUUAUUAGAGGAGAAGUUCAAUUUCAUGGGAUAGGGCCAAGAUAUAGGGACUUCCAAUAAAUCUUCAUAGAAUGAAAUGGGAUGGAAUGGAAUAGGGUAGAACAGAACCCAGUAGAAUAGGACUGCAAUUAUGUGUUCCUCCCUUUAAUUCUAAUUUGUUCUGAAACACAAGGAGAAAUAAAUGUAUGGCUGGAUGGUCAGCGAUAUAGAUGAUUUGGAAGAUAAGCUUCCAUUUUCUUCCUUAUAUAUUCCUGUAUUUUAAAACAGGGAGUGUAAAUUACAGUUAUGUUUGAUGAAUGAGAUAGGAAAUUGUGUAAGAUAUAUUUCAGAAAUUUUUUUCUUAAAAGAACUUAAGUAAUUUUUUUUAAUGAAGAUACAUUUCCCAGGACUUGAUAUUCAGAAAGACCUUAGGGAAGAGUUGAGAAUGGUUAUGGAUACUAUAGAAACACUGUGCCUCCUUCUAUUUUGUCUCAGAGCAGUUUGGAGGAAAACAGAAUCUUAUCUUUAUGACCAUCUUGAAUCUGAUCCAUACUUAACAUCUUUCCCAAUUCUUUUCAGAGUUCCAUGUAAAUUCUCCUGUACAAUGUAACACUGUCUUUGGAAUUCACUGUCAGUUACAAACUACACUGUAGAUAAAGUGACCAUACGUCCCGGUUUAUGCCUGUUGUUUUAGGGUCAUUAUCAUUAGCACUACCUUUUACUCUCAGAUGUGUCCCAGUAGGGAUGACAAAUUAUGGUAGCCUUAUCUAUAAAUAAUAAUAACAUGUCAAUAAUGAUAACCAAUAGCCCUACUGGAAGCUUGCUAUUUGUCAGAGACUUUGAGUGCUUUCAUGUAUAAUGAAUUCUUCAUAAUAACCCAAUGAGGCAAGUAUGUUAUUUCCCCCAUUUUACAGUAGAAGAAACAAGAGUUAGAGAGGUUAAAUAGCAUGGCCUGCUCACAUAAUGGGCCCAACCUUAAAUCAGACAGAGAUCUGACUUUAUAACAUCAUGUGCCAGAAGAUGGUUAUGCUAUCUUCUUAUUUGCUUGCUGAUAGAAUUAGCUUUGCUUUUUUUAAUAUACUCAAAGAUUAUCAAUAGUUUUCAUUUACUAUUCUUCCUAGAUUCUACAACUAUAUUUUUAUAAGGACUGUGGAUUUUAAGAUGCAAGAAAAGAGCACUGAAGUGAACUAAAAUUCAUCUGGUUUUUAGUUCAGGAUGUUAAUUUUACUAUAUUAAUAAAAAUAACUGUGAUUUGUUGAAUGACUAGUAUAUGCAAGAUUGGGACUUUCCCUUUGUUGUAUCACUGACUCCAAAAACAGCAGUGCAAGGCAGAACAUUUGAACCCCAUGAAUGUAUAUGAUUGCUUUAGCUAUUAGCCCUAAAUUGGUUCAUAGGUUACAAAUGAAGCUUGGGGGCAUUAAAUAGUUUCAGCAGGCCUCUCCAAGCUCUGACAUUCUUAUCCCUAGCUGCCUCUAGGAGUACUUGAUUAUCAGGAUAUAAGAUACAGAAUCUGGAUGCAAGGAAAAAUUCUUGGGGACAAAGCGACUUCCUCAGCACCUCAUGUUUAUAUUAACUGCUGUGCAAUGAGUGCUUAAUAAGGGUAUGCACUUUACAUAUUUUUGUAAACAUAUUUUCUUCUAUUUUCCUCCUUACCAUAGGUCAAAAAAGAAGAUAAUUUGGAUUUGAACCCAUGUAAGUUUAGCUCCACUAUGCUAGAGAGAUCAUCUAUCUCUGAAACUCUCUAUAGAUUACCAUCAUUUAGGAACUUUUCUGAAAAGCAGUAUUAAAGAUGAAUAAAUAAUAUUUACUGAUAAUCAAAUUUGUUCUACAACUGUAUAAAGACUAUAAAAACAGAUAUAAUAGUGUAUAGAGAUUGUUGAAAUUCCUUGUCAUAUUUUCAAAUAAAAAGUGUGGAAAUUUUUACUAGUGCAGAGUAAGUUCUGUAUGCUGCAAAGAACAAGGUAAAUGUAAAUCUGUGCCUAUACUCAAAAGAUGAUUACAAUUCACUUGGGAAUACAAGAAUAUAAAUCCACAAAUGUGGAUUGUGUACUAUUAUAAAAUGCCAAAUUGUAUAGUGUUAUUUGAACAGUGGUUCUUAACCACAUAUGCAUAUCAGCAUCAUGCAUGAUGUGUUUUAAAACUACAGAUGUCAGGACCCUACUGCAUUGACUAAGUAAGUUUUUGAGGUUAGAACCUGGAAAUAUGUGUUUUUAAAAUUCCAUGGAUGAUUUUGAGGUGUACUAUGGAUAACAACCACUGGAUUAAAAUAUAUGUGUAACAUAUUAAUAUGUUAAUUAUGCAGAUUUUAAAAGUUGAUUUUGGCUGGGAUAUAAAAAGAUGGCUUUGUAGAAGAGACAGGAUUUGAAUGGAAGGUCAGAUGUGGACAGAAGCACCAGUCAAGCCAGGGUUCUUUUGCUUUUUGGUUGUUGUUGUGGAAACGAUGUCAGAUGUUCAUAUUUUCCCAGUGGAAUUUUACAAUACUUUUGGAAACAGUUUCGUAGGGUGAAAAUAAGAAGAAAGAAUGAAAACAAAACACAGAUGGGAAAAAAGUACGAUUUUCUUCAUCUCAACUCACCUCACCACUACAGAUCCAAGCCUGACACAGAGCCUAACAGAAAGAGAAAAUAUUGGAAACAAGAGACCAAUACAGAAGUUAUUUAAGUAAUCCACAGGAAAAUGGAGGUGCAUCUCUGACAAUGGAGGGAAGAGCUUAAUGGUGAUUGAAAACUGAGAAGGCAGAGCACUUCUUUGGAGAUCCUCAAAUGACAACUGAAUUAUCAAAGUCAUCAAAGAAAGUGUAUGUUGAACAUAAUGGAGCUUUAUUGUUGAUACCUGAUGCUAGAGCUGACUGAGAGAUGUACUCAGAUUCUCUGGGACUCCAUAAAGUGGAAAGUUGUAACUGAUGAAUUAGAACGUUUGGAUGAAAUGACCAUUCCUACGGAAAAGCCACUGGAGACAAACUCAGAAUCCAGACUCACAUUCAGACGAUUUGUGUUUUCCCCAUAACCACCCUCCUAGAUUCAGAUACUUUCCUCCAAAUACAAUCCUGUUCACCAUGGAAGACAUUAAAACCUUCAGGGGUUGCUGCUGGGGGCCUUCACCAAAAUGCAGCCAUUCGCGUUUACUUUUGCUCUACCUGCAAAAAAUGUUCAUGGGCUCACUCCCAAAGUCAACUUUGAUCCAAUGAUAGCCUUCAGUUACCAAACCUUAUCACACAUCUGUAAAACUGGAUAAUAAAGAAGGGUUUAAAAUA